UACUUAUCUGCUUCCGCCACGGGCAGAUUCCAGUGAACUGUGCACAUUCCGGCUUGGGAAUGUCUCUCACGCUAUUCUCUGGCGUCUCAAUUCAUGCUCAACUACCUUCACCUUCCUUUAUCAUCACAUCUCGCCUUGGCCAGAGCGCAGUACGCACCGGACCUGCACCUGCAACAAACCAUGCUCUCCAGCUUCCUCUCACACCCAGCCCUAAUCAAGUUCCAGUUCCAACUUCAACACCACCGCCCUCGUUAUCCUGCGCCCUCCACUGCCCUCAUUUCCAACCGUGGUCGGGUUGUACUCACGAGUGGAACCUUCACCGUCCAUCCAUUCUCGAUGAAGUCACCGAUUUCUUCAAGAAACUUGGUGUUUCCGACUUUACCUUCGACAGUUGCAGACUGUGGGGUUGGAGAUGCCGCGCAAAACUAGCUGUUCGGGGUUCUUCCGUUAGUCCUUUAAUCGGACUUUAUCAAGAGGGUUCUCAUAAUGUCGUUGAUAUUCCUCUCUGCAAAGCUCAUCAUCCUAACAUUAACAUCGCUGUUGAACUUCUAAGGCAAGGUAUUAUGAAGUUGGGUGUUGAUCCAUACAAUGAGGAUGAAGGGACAGGUGAAUUGCGAUAUGUGCAGAUGGCUGUGACAACACACAAUACAUCCCUCCCUACUGCAGAAAGAUACCGAAAUGGUAAAGUCCAGGUCAGUUUGGUCUGGAAUUCAAGGAAUGAGAAGUCGUCUAGCUCAGAAAAAUUAAAUGCAUUAGUAGAUUUUUUAUGGAGAAAUGGUGGGCCGAGGAGCAAUCUUCAUCUGAUUCACUCUGUUUGGGUUAACUUUCAGACAUCAACUAAUAAUAUAAUUUUUGGAAAUAGGUGGAGACAUCUAAUAGGAGAGAGAGAUUUUUGGGAACAUGUUGGAGGAAUUGAUAUUUCUUUGGAUCCAUCAAGCUUUGGCCAAGCAAAUACACGGGCUUUUGAUUUGCUACUCGGGAAGUUGCAAAAAUAUGUUCCCUAUGGAGCAUCUGUUGCUGAUUUGUAUGCAGGAGCAGGCGCAAUUGGGUUAUCAUUAGCUGUUGCUAGAAAAUGCAGAUCCGUGAAAUGCAUAGAGAUCAACAAAGAGUCAAAGGUGUCUUUUGAGAAAACUGUUGGCCGCUUACCAAGUUCUGUAGAUAGCAGCAUCAGCUGGCACCAUGCAGACGCUUCGACUGAACCUUUUUCUUGGCUUGAAGGAUCCGAUGUGGUUGUAGUUGAUCCUCCUAGAAAAGGGUUGGACCCUUCUCUAGUAAAUGCACUGCAGAGUAUUGCAUCUUCCACGCAUAAAGCUAUGAGAUCUGAAAGUUCUUCCUUAAAGUCAAAAGAUGAGAAGAGGCCAUGGAUUUUACGUGCAAUGGAAGCUUCUGUCAAGAUAGAAAGCAAAACAAUGUGGGAGAAAAGCGAGGCAUUGCCUCAAACUCUUAUCUAUAUAAGCUGUGGGUGGGAAAGCUUUAAGGAGGAUUGCAGGUCUUUGUUGUCUGCUAAGGCAUGGCAUUUGGAAAAAGCACAUGGUUUCAAUUUCUUUCCAGGCACUAAUAGCAUUGAAGUCUUGGCAGUGUUCAAACGGGGAGGGACCAGCCUCAAGAAAAAGAAAACAGGAAAGACAAAGAAGAAGAAGAAAUCACUACAAGAUAUAUGAGAUAUAAACUGGAAAGACCAUGGAAGCCGUCCUUUCAGAUGAAAAUGUAAUUUAUUCUUCAUCAUGUACGAAAAAACAGAGUGAAACAAAAAAUGUAAAAGUUCUCUGAGGUUGUUUUCUUAUUCCUUUGGAAGGAUGACCGAAUGCAUGGAAUUGAAUAUCCAGGUUACAAGUAUAUGAUAAUUCAGUAUAUUGUUUAAA